CCAAGUACUUUUUCCGCCGGUCAACGGUGGUGGUGUCGUCACUUCCCUAAAGGAACAAAGACUCUGGCCAGGUCCUUUAAGAGGAGACAUUUGCUUGUUCGAUCCUUCCCAGAAUCACCAAUCGAUCUUUCGAUGCAUCAAACCAGCCAAUAAACCGUUAUAACUCGCCAUGCCGCCGAGAACGCUCCCAUCAAUUCCAUCGCUCCGAGCAGCCUCUUCAAGGCUGCCACAUCGGCUCAUCUCCGCCUCACAGCGACGCUUCGUCAACACGGAUAAGGAGGAGCUCGGUGGAGUGGGCGGCUCUGAGCCUCCUGGGCCGCAGAAAAAUCCCGUCAACUGGAGGGCAGGCACCAUCACGGCUGUAGGGGUUGGGCUCGCGGGGUUGUGGAUGUACAGGGCCAAAACCAAGUCAUAAAGUUUGCAUCACGUUGUGCUAUACCCUGCGUCAAUACCCAUCAAUUCUUGCCUACCUAGACUCGCACUUAACCUAAAAGUCUUCGAAUGUGCGCAAUAGAUUGAACGAAACAGCGGCGGGCCCUCCAAGGCUCGUUCCGAUGAUCUCGUCACCACGACAAGAGAGUCCAUGCUAGGAAACCACAUAAUUGCCGAUUAGCAUCAUAACUGAUGAAAUGGAGAAACCACGACUCAGCUGUCUUACAAAACACAGAUAUUUCUUCUCCCCAGGCGCCAGUCCUUUAUCCACAGCCUGGCCACGAGCAGAUGGAGGGCGAGGCCGUGUCUCAUCGACCUUGAACAGCGUCGACCGCACUGGUUGGCCGUCUUUCAGUGUCAGUCCUGGCAGGGACGAUUGUAAUACCGUUGCCGGAUCUCUCUCGUCUCCCUCUUCGGCG